CCUAUCAGAAGAGGUUCAAAGUGAAAAAACAAGCUGUGCCACUUCCACCUAACAAUUUUUUUUCCUUAUAAUUUCACCGCAUUUUGGGCUCUAUUUUGUUUUGUCAAGAGAUUCAGCUUGUAUUUUUUCUGAAUACUGCGACGUCAGACGGCCAUGUCCCAACUCCGGCGAUCACACUCUUUGCUCACCAGAAUAAUCCCUACUCUCGCUAAGUCUCCUCAACCUCUCAAUCGGGGUUUCCUGGGAAUCCCAUCUUUCGCACCUCAAAAUCCGACUCUCGGCCGACUAUUCAAUGGAGGCCGAUCAACAGCUUUCAAGAACUAUUCCUCCUCCUCCGGUAACUACAGUCCGGCCUCAUUCUUACUCACCGGAUGGAGAUCAAGAGUCGCCGCCGAUCCCCAAUUCCCUUUCAAAGUCCUAAUGGAGCAAAUAGUGGGUGUGAGUGCUACCGUCCUCGGAGACAUGGCUACUCGUCCUAAUUGGGGAUUGAAUGAACUCGACUUCGUUUUCUCCACACUUGUAGUCGGAUCGAUCCUCAAUUUCACUCUCAUGUACUUAUUGGCACCCACCGCGUCCGCCGCCGCCUCCACUCUCCCCGGCAUUUUCACAAAUUGUCCGAAGAGCCACAUGUUCGAACCUGGUACUUACACAAUUCUCAAUCGAUUCGGGACAUUUGUGUUCAAAGGAGCUGUUUUCGCUGCCGUGGGAUUCGCAGCUGGGCUUGUUGGGACUCUGAUGUCGAAUGGGUUGAUCAAGAUGAGAAAGCAAAUGGAUCCGAGCUUCGAGACACCCAACAAGCCACCGCCGACUCUGUUGAAUUCUUUGACUUGGGCACUUCAGAUGGGUAUCAGUAGCAAUUUGAGGUACCAGACAUUGAAUGGGAUGGAGUUCAUGUUGGCUAAGGUGUUGAGCCCCAUGGCGUUCAAGAGUACUGUGGUGGUGCUGAGAAGCUUGAACAAUGUCUUAGGAGGCGUGUCUUUUGUCUUGCUGGCUAGGUUGACUGGGUCGCAGAAGAAGAAGAGUGUUGAGGAGGCGAAGACUAAGUCGGAUUGAUUUAGGGUCUUUCUUCUUGGCUUCUUUUAAGUAUCCUUUUGAUUCUUGAAUAAAAUUGCUCAUGGGUGCGAUGAUAAAAUCCAGUCCAAUAUAAUAUAGAUUCCGCAGGAUUCACUCACUAAUAUGCCCAGUGUCCACCCAGUCACCCACCAUUGUUGAAAAAGCUUGGUUGGUUUCUUUUGACGGACACAUGCCAAAAAUGCCGUGACUUCAUUGUCAGCAAAGAUAAUUUGGUCGAAGCUUGUGACGUCAAAAGGAUUCUGACAGUGACAAACGGGGCCUGUCAGGGCCGGGAUCACUUUGUUAUUACUAUUCUAAAGACAUCAUUGAUUUCUUUGGUUACUAUAAAAAUUACAAUUAUUCA